AUGGUGCGGUCGGGAUCUGUGGAUGUCAGUCAGGGGAGGACCAGCAGCCCGCUCGCGUGUGGUGAGGUGAUAUCCGGGAAACUCGGGCUGGCCCGACCUCGUUCCUGGUUGAUGGUGAAGCGGCGGGUCGCGGUGGUUAUGGGCCGCUCUCGCCCAUUAUUCGAUGUCUGGAUGUCUGGACGUCUGGAUGUCUGGAUCGAUGGAUUUGGAUUUAUCGAUUGCUCGAUUGCUCGAUUGGUCGAGACGCGUGGGUGUAUUCCACGAAAGCGCCUUGGAUCAAAAGACGAAAAAGAAAGAAAGAAAAACGCGGUCCGGGUCAAUGUCAAAAUCAAUGUCAAGCUCGAUAUCCAGCUCAAGGCCAAACGUCAACACGAUCGAGGUCCCCACGGCGGCUCACCCACCCACGGCCAUCCAGGCGGUACUUGUACAAGUGCCCAGGCCCGUGGUGCGCAGACGGCAUUCCCAGCCAAGGCCCGGGCCCCACCCGCCUGCAGAUCGGGCGCGGGUCCAUCCGCAUCUGACUCCCCAUCAGCAGCAGGGCGGAAGAUCCCCCGUCUCCCAUUCGCCCGCGUGUCCCAGGAGCUAAUCCACGACGGGAGACCGGUAGCGAAAGAUGGCAACGGCGGCGCUGGCAGCGGUGGCAGCGGCGGCGGUGACAGCGGCGGCGGGCGGGGUCCCGCCAGAACCUGUCUGGACGUCUUAGCGAGUGCGAAGAAGGAGGAAGAAACGGGACCUGGACCUGGACCUGCAUGA